CAAAGAGUCGGACACGACUGAGCAACUGAACUGAACUUUGAGCCCAGGGACUUUUACUUCGUCUAGACAAUGCUUUUAGAAGUUACCAACUUUUAAAAAUCGACAGAUUUCAUGUUUUUUAAAAAAAAAUGUUUAAAAUUUCUCGUGAAAAAUGGGAAGACCUGGCCACAAGGAGUCUUUUUCCAUCACUGCCCCAGGGACCAGGGGACGGUAGGAACCAGGCUCAAGGUCAAAGUUUCAACAGUCUCUGUUCAGGCUGUCCACGUGGGGGCCCACCUCCCUCCCUGCAUCCAGGAAACCAGGGUAGAGGUCUAGGGCGUGGCCCGGCAGGGAGAGGUCUAGGGUGUGGCCCCGAAGGGCAGGGGCUAGGUCAGGAGGACUCUGGCUUCCCAGAGGGAGGAGGAAGCAGAGAGAAGGUUAACUUUACACAGAGGUUUCCACGGAGGUUUUGCAGAGAUCCAGAGAAGACCUUCCAACAACUCCAAGGCUGGUGAGCAAACAAGUGCCGCAAUUCAAGGAACACACUGGGCUCACUACUUUCUUCCCAACCUGGCAGUUUGAGGGCCUGUGUGUGCACCUCACCCCCCGCAGCCAUGGCCCUGGUCAGCAUCAACCAGCUGCCCGAGAACAUCCUGCUGGAGGUGUUCACACACGUGCCCGCCCGCCAGCUGCUGCGGAACUGCCGCCCCGUGUGCUGCCUCUGGCGCGACCUCAUUGACCUCGUGUCCCUCUGGAAGCGCAAGUGCCUGCGGGAGGGCUACGUCACCGAGGACUGGAACCAGCCUGUGUCCGACUGGAAGGUCUUCUACUUUCUGUGCAGUCUCCGCAGGAACCUGCUGCGCAACCCGUGUGCCGAAGAGGAUAUGAGAUUCUGGAAAAUCGACUCCAACGGAGGGGACCAGUGGAAGGUGGAGAGCCUCCCCGGAGCACAUGGCACAGGCUUUCCUGACGCCGAAGUCAAGAAGUACUUUGUCACGUCCUAUGACAUGUGUCUCAAGUCCCAGAUAAUAGACCUCAGAGCCGAGGGCUACUGGGAGGAGCUACUGGACAAGUUCCGGCCAGACAUCGUGGUUAAGGACUGGUUCGCCCCUAGAGCAGACUGUGGCUGCACCUACCACAUUCGAGUACAACUGGCCUCGGCCGACUACCUCGUCCUGGCCUCCUUCGAGCCCCCACCCGUGACCAUCCACCAGUGGAACGAUGCCAAGUGGACAGAGGUUUCCCACACCUUCUCUGAUUACCCUCCAGGCGUCCGCCACAUCUUCUUCCAGCACGGAGGCAAAGACACCCAGUUCUGGGCAGGCUGGUAUGGGCCCCGCGUCACCAACAGCAGCGUUGUCAUCAGCCACAGGGUGACCAGGAACCCGCCCCACACCGUGGCGCAGCCCUAGACCUUGCAGGGGCCAGAGGAGGCACCCCACCUGCCCUCCGCACUCCAUCCCCACAAGCCAUCUCUGACUGUCCUCUGACAGCCAUCCAUCCGUCCUCUGCCUGGGCCAGCCGAGUGCCAAAGGUCCCUUGCAGGCAAGAGCUGAGCCUGUAGGGGGCAGCCCCAGCUCUGACCUGGGGCUUACUGUCACAUAGCUCUGACUUUUUGUUGUAAUAAAUGUUUUCAGCAAAACUCA